ACCCUACUGCAAGCAAAAACCAGGUCUAGGGUUUCUGAGAAGCGGCUGUAGAUCUUGUGUAGGGAGAGGUUAAAGAGACGGCGUCGUAUUGCUGUCCGCCUUGACAGAGCUAGAGCUUCGUCUUGGCCCUCGUUUUUGCUUAGGGUUUUUCCUUUUGUUUGUUUAUCAGUUCAUCUGAAACUCUCGAGUCUUCCCCAAUGGCGGUGAAACCAUCCAAGGCCGACAAGAAGAUCGCAUACGACCAGAAGCUGUGCCAGCUUCUGGAUGAGUACAGUCAGAUUCUGAUCGCUGCCGCUGACAAUGUUGGAUCCAACCAGUUGCAGAACAUUCGCAAGGGUCUGCGUGGAGAUUCUGUUGUUCUGAUGGGUAAGAAUACCAUGAUGAAGCGUUCCAUUAGGCUUCAUGCUGAGAAGACUGGAAACACGGCUUUCCUCAAUCUCAUUCCUCUUCUCGUGGGUAAUGUGGGUCUGAUUUUCACAAAGGGUGAUUUGAAGGAGGUCAGCGAAGAGGUUGCGAAGUACAAGGUUGGAGCUCCUGCUCGUGUUGGAUUAGUUGCUCCUAUUGAUGUCAUUGUCCCACCUGGUAACACUGGACUCGACCCUUCCCAGACCUCUUUCUUCCAGGUGCUUAAUAUUCCUACCAAGAUCAACAAGGGUACUGUUGAAAUUAUCACCCCUGUGGAGCUUAUCAAAAAGGGUGACAAGGUGGGCUCUUCUGAAGCAGCCCUGCUUGCCAAGCUUGGGAUAAGACCCUUCUCUUAUGGUCUUGUUGUGCUGUCUGUUUAUGACAAUGGCUCAGUUUUCAGCCCUGAGGUGCUUGAUCUUACAGAAGAGGAUCUCAUUGAGAAGUUUGCAGCUGGUGUCUCCAUGGUUACCUCACUUUCAUUGGCUAUCUCAUACCCAACCCUAGCAGCUGCACCCCACAUGUUCAUCAAUGCAUACAAGAAUGUUCUUGCUGUUGCUGUUGCAACCGAGUAUUCCUUCCCUCAGGCAGAUAAAGUGAAGGAGUUCUUAAAGGAUCCUAGUAAGUUUGCUGUUGCAACGGCCCCGGUUACAGCUUCUGAUGCGGGUGCUGCUCCUGCUGCUUCUAAGGAGGAAGAAAAGAAGGAAGAGCCACAGGAAGAGUCUGAUGAUGAUAUGGGUUUCAGUUUGUUCGACUAAGUUUAUGAUGGUUAUGGUUAAACUUGACAAUUCUGAACUCUGCGUUAUUGCUUUUUGAUAUCAUGUCCUGCUCUACUAUCACUAUGCUUUUGUUGAUUUCUUUCCUGAGGAAGAUUUUUUUGUCUCAUCAUGUUAGUUUGGCUGUUAAGAAAUAUUCUGAUUUA